AUGCAUAGUCAAAAGAGGACAGAUAAAUUAAAUCAAUAUGUUCCACAAAGAUACUUACGUCGUGGUGUUUUUUCAUCAGCUGACCUAUCUAAUUCAAUAGUAUCAUCUUUACAUGAGUCAGUAUGUAUUAUCCGAUUCCCAGAAGAUGUAGCAAACUAUAUAAAUGAAAAUACAAAUAAAGGGGAAUAUUUUGUAUUUGCUAUACAACCUACGCCUUUGGAGGAUUUUCGUAUAUUUGAUGUAAGGAUAAUGAAUAUGGACUUUUUAGGUAUACUAGUAGAUUUACCUUGUAAUAUUGAAGCUUACAAGAGUCUAGAUUGCGAAAGUAUGUUUAAAGCUAAUAAUAUUAAUCAGAUGAUAUAUAUAUAUGAUCCUACUAAUUUACCUAAAUGGUACAAGAAUAGAUUGAAUGUGAAUAUAAGUGAAAUUGAUAGAUGUAUGACUUCAAAUAAAGUGUACUCUGAUCCCUUGUGUAGUGGAUUUAUUACUUAUUUACGUGAUAAUUUGUGUUGGGAAUGGCCAGCAGGGUUAUUACCAGGAAGUAGUAAUAUUAGAUCAAGAAAGUAUAGAAAUACAGAAUUAUUUGACAUCAAUGAAGUAAUUGAAGCUGAGCAGGAAUUACUAGAUCGUGUUGCUAUGCCAAAUCAGGAUAUGGUUACAAUUGAGUUGACUACUGUAUCAGAAAUGGAGCAGCAAUUGGAUUUUUUUAGGAAUACAAACAAGAAUUCACCAUUCCCUAUUCCAUCAAUAUUUAAUGAGAAUAAAGUAGCGACUUGUAUGGGUAUUAUUGGAAAGAAUGAUGAUUUACGCAGUAUGAUUACAAGAUUUAAGAAAGAUACACCUCACAAAAAAGGUAAAUCAACUUAUGAAAUAGAGGAAAUUAAAAGUGAUAUUAGUGAUGUAAUAUUUAGAGAAAGUUCAGAUGAAGAUUCAGCUAAUAAUGAAACAAUUAAUAAUAAUCUAGAAGAUUAUAUUGAAUAUGAUGAUAUUAAUAUGAAAGGUACUCAAGAUAGUACAAUAGAUAAUAGUUGGGAUUUUAGUCAUGACUCAUCACAGAAUAUGAACUCUUGGGACUAG